AUGGAUGAUGAAUCUCAGCUCCUAGCGAGUUACACGCGGAAGCUAUUGACAAUAAAAGCAAAUGAUUACAAUAUACCAGUUAAAUAUUAUCCUAAGAUCAAAGAAAUUCUGAUUAUUAUGAAGAAAAACGCAAUUAAUGACGGACAAGUCGAGGUAGUUAAAUCGAUUCACAAAGCAUUACAGUACUUAGAUGAAUCAAAAUCAGCUCCAACAUCACCAGUUAGAUCAUCUAAUAGGCCAAAAAUAAUCCUGAGCCUUCGAAACAAAUCUAAUUCUAUUCAAUAUGCAAAACCUUCAGAAAACAAAUCACCAGAAGAAUUAUCUAAAGAUAUUGAAAAUGGUGAACGAUUUAAUCCACAUCAAGCAGAUAUCUUGCCUGAUAUAAUUCAAAUCCAAAAAGAGAAAAUAAAGAAGCUAAUUCAACAAGGAAAAUAUGAAGAAGCAUCGCAAGAAGAACAAUUACGACAGUAUACAUCAAGUAUUAUAGAACCGAAAAAAAAAAUUUUAAAACAUUUAGACACCAAAAAUCAGUUAAUUUGCAAAUUAGAGCAAAGAGAUGUCAAGUUAAACGAAGCAAAGCAAAAACUUAAAGAUGAUCUCCAACAAAAUAACGAUGUAAAGCAAAAGCUAAUUGACGAAGAAAAUAAAAAUUUUGAGAGGGAAAUGGAAGAGUUUGACAGAGAAACAGAAGGUGAAAUUCCAUUAAACCAUCGUAAUUAUAGUCCUCAUUAUUUAAAUCUCAAGAAGCAGCAUGAUUUUUUGAUAUUAUGCCGAAGAUAUAGUGAAGCAGGCAAGAUAAAGCAGAUUUGCGAUGCUGAAGAAGAAAAGGAAAACAUUAGAAUACAGUCAAAUUGGUUUACAUUUAGGAAAAACCUUAGAAUUAAAGCAGAAGCCGAACAUCUUAGAAGAUUAAGAACUAUUAUUGAUAGAAAGGAUAUAACAAAUGAAAAGAUUGAACAAAAAGUCGAAUAUUCACAAGAAGCCACAAAAAAAGCCAUGAAUUUACUUAAUAAUCAAGUAAAUUCAAUUGAUAAAAUUAACUUUAAUUUGGAUCCAGAACCAUACCAUAAACAACAGCCGAAGCCAAUUCAUAAACAGCCAUACAUACCACGAGAAUGCCAUUUAAUUAGGCCUAAUCAAAUUGUUUGGAAUACCGACAAAUCUGCCAAGUAA